CGGCUCGCGCUCAAGCCUCCUCUGCUUCUCCACCGAAAAAUAGAACCUUGCUCAACCACCGCCCGAGGUCUGCAAGCUGUGUGCCUUCCCACGAGUUUCUGUGCCUGCUUGGAGUUUCACAAUCAGAGAUGGAAGCAAAGGCGUCAUCAUCAGUAGAUGCCGAGCCUUGGUAUUCUCACCCAGUCUAUGCAAGAUACUGGCAGCAUUAUCAUCAAGCAAUGGCUUGGAUGCAAAGCCACCAGAAGGCCUACAAGAAGGCCUUGGAAUCCUAUUACACUUGCCCCUGGUAUUUGCCCUCUGCUGUUCCUCCCCACAGCUCUUACGAGAGGGAAUAUCUUCAGUCCUCUGACCAGUAUUCCCACUGCAACUAUCCACAUUCUAGAAGGUCUGGGCCCCAUCUGCAUGACCUCCCUAAUGUCCAGGCAUCCAUGAGAAAAGUCCGGGCUCCAUCCAUGGAGGAGGAGAUGGAGAGCGAGUCAGAUGGGGAGAUAGAAUGCAACCUGAGCAAUAUGGAAAUCACUGAGGAGCUCCGCCAGUACUUUGCAGAGACCGAGAGGCACAGAGAAGAGCGACGGCGGCAGCAGCAGCUGGACCAGGAGCGCCUGGAGGACUACAUGAGCACCAGCCACGACCUAUACUGCAACACCCGCCGCUCAGUGGCGCCCCCUUCCGAGAGGCCCGGCGAGAGGCGCCAGGCCGAGAUGAAGCGCCUGUAUGGGGACAGCGCCGCCCAGAUCCAGGCCAUGGAGGCCGUGGUGCAGCUCAGCUUCAACAAGCACUGCGACAGGAAGCAUCCUAAGUACUGGCCGGUCAUUCCCCUGAAAUUCUGAGGAAUUUCAGGGCACAGUGUCCCCAGUCAUCACCCGUUUCCAUCUGGACACAUUCUCUUCCUUCAUCUCUCCUAUAUAUUUUCUCAGAGAAAGGGGGUUUUAUUCUGAGAAAUAAACAUGUUCCCCUAAGUCUCAGUGUGCCCGCCGUGAGGGUGGAUGGGAUAUGUCAGCCACAUGGACGGGUGGGCAGGACAUGUGUUACUGCUGUCCUGAGAAAUUUUCUCUUGACAUAAAAUGACAGUUUCUUAUAUGUUACACUGGGUUUUGAUUUUUUAAUACUUGAAUGGUUUUCAAUUCAUUAAAGUUCUCACCUACAGAUAA